UCUCUCCCACCUUCGUUCAGAAUCCCAUCAUUAUUGCGUCUUCCGUCCCGCCUACCCUGCUCUCCGACCUUUGAGCGCGGCACUUCUGUCUCUCCUUUCAAUUACACUCCCCUGCAUCUUCCCCAUAUUCAUCCAUUAGCUUACAUCAAUGGAACCUGCGGUACGGAAGCCAGAAGUGAGCUUCCACGGCCAUCGCAACAUGCCUCUCAAGCAACAGCGGGAGCCUUCUCGGCUAAAGUCUACACCCAAAGAUGAGCUUCACGAUCUUCUCUGUGUUGGAUUUGGACCUGCCUCUCUGGCCAUUGCAAUUGCGUUGCACGAUGCUUUGGACCCCUGCCUGAACAAGUCGGCCCUUGGGUUUGGCUCGCAGCCCAAAGUCUGUUUCCUCGAGCGCCAGAAGCAGUUCGCCUGGCAUUCGGGUAUGCUGGUGCCAGGAUCGAGGAUGCAGAUCUCUUUCAUCAAAGACCUGGCGACUCUCCGUGAUCCCCGCAGCAGCUUCACCUUCCUCAACUACCUGCAUCAGAAGGGUCGUCUCAUCCAUUUCACAAACCUGGGUACAUUCACCCCAGCCCGCUUGGAGUUUGAAGACUAUAUGCGGUGGUGUGCGCAACAAUUUUCAGAUGUCGUGUCCUAUGGGGAGGAAGUGAUCGAUGUGAUCCCCGGAAAGACCGAUCCUACCAGCUCGGUGGUCGACUUCUUCAGUGUUCGCUCCCGGAACGUUGAGACGGGAGAAAUCUCCGCAAGAAGAGCGCGUAAGGUUGUGGUCGCUCUUGGGGGCGCAGCCAAAAUGCCCCCAGGUCUACCCCAGGACGCUAGGAUCAUGCACUCGUCGAAGUAUUGCACCAACCUGCCCAACCUGCUCCAAAACCCGAGCGACCCCUACAACAUUGCUGUCCUUGGAAGUGGCCAAAGUGCGGCAGAGAUCUUCCAUGACCUGCAGAAGCGAUAUCCUAACUCGAAGACAACACUGAUUAUGAGAGACACGGCCAUGCGGCCUAGUGACGACUCGCCAUUUGUCAAUGAGGUCUUCAACCCCGAGCGCAUCGACAAGUUUUACAACCUCUCCUCCUCAGAGCGCCAGCGUUCCCUCAAGGCCGACAAGGCCACCAACUACAGUGUGGUCCGCCUUGAGCUGAUCGAGGAGAUCUUCCACGAUAUGUAUGUUCAGAGAGUUAAGAACCCCGAUGAGCGGCAAUGGCAGCAUCGCAUCCUCCCCGGACGCAAGAUCACGCGAGUCGAACAUCAUGGACCCCAGAGUCGGAUGCGGAUUCACGUGAGGUCCGCCAAGGAUGGGGCGGAUAGCCUUGUUGGCGAUGGCAAGGAGACAUUGGAGGUAGAUGCGCUCAUGGUGGCGACGGGCUACUUCCGCAACGCACACGAGCAGCUCUUGAGCAACGUGCAGUACCUGCGACCGGCGGGCCAGGAGGAGUGGACGCCGAGUCGGGAUUACCGAGUCGAGAUGGAUGCUAGCAAAGUCAGUGCGCAUGCUGGGAUCUGGCUCCAGGGCUGCAAUGAGAAGACACAUGGUCUGAGUGACAGUCUUCUGUCGGUGCUAGCAGCACGAGGUGGAGAGAUGGUGGAGUCGAUCUUUGGCGAGCAGCUCGCGGGUGCAACGGUGCCGGCCACGAAGUUGCGUGCUAUGCUGUAGAUAUUUCGCUGGAUCAGAGACUCGGGGGUCCGCUUCUCAGGCGCGUGUUGAUCGAUGCUGAGGCGGAUCUUUCUUUCUUUUUCUUUUUCUGAGAACAAGGAUGGAUGGGAAACGAGGAUGUCCUCAAACAAAAUGGUAGGGACAGUGUUG